GCGUUGAUGCAACCAAGUCAUUUCUGAAAGGUCGCAGCGAUGCGCUACCCGUGUCCGUGCGCUGUUGGUCUUCGUGUGGUGGCCCACGAUAGGUUCAGGGCCUGUUGGAUACAUAUGUAUUGCCAUGAGCCUCCCACGUCGUCCUGCAGUUAAGUACCUAUCCUGCCGCCGGAGGACUUGAGUGCCUGUGGGUAGUUUUGGAAGUGCCGUCGUACUCUUCUCCAACGCUUGGCAAAACAACUCGAACUGCUUGAGACAGGAUGGCGCAACUAGUACCCCCGGCCACGGCCAUGACUGAGACCACCAUGAACGACUUCAACCAGAAGGUCUCUCCCGCUGAUCAGGAGCGUAUAAUGCUUCAAGGAAGCGCGUACGAGGGUGAGAAUCCUGGGAUAAACAUGAACCGGCAACCGCUCGAGGUAUACCAGUACUGGGCACGCCUUGAGCGUGAGCGCGAGGCGAAGGACAUGACCGAAAUCCCGGACAGCCCUUGGGUUGUGCUCUUCAAAAUGCUCACAGGACGCUCAGUGGCUGCGCCUACCGAGGUUGCCGCUGUCCAUGACGGCCGUGACCCUGAAAAAGAGUCCCCAGCUGGAAGCUCUGAUGUAUGGGGAUCUGUGAGCGAAGAUGAAAGGUCGAAGGCAUACCGAGCUCUUCGUGUCGCUUCAUGGCAAGCAGUCUUUUACCUAAUUACGACCGACAUUCUCGGCUUCUCCAGUGCGCCUGAAGCUUUCCUCGAGCUCGGCCUUGGUCCUGGUAUCUUGGUUUAUUUCUUCUUCUAUGUCCUUGCCGUAUUCGCCGGUCAAGUCAUCUGGAAGAUGUACAUGGAGACGGACAGCUCCAAAUACCCGGUAGUCUGCUACGCCGACCUUGGAGAAAGGAUCUUUGGCCGCGUUACCCGCCACAUAUUCAACGUUGUUCAGUCGCUUCAGCUGGUCUUCAACGUCGCGCUACUGAUUAUCGGUAACGGUCAGACGCUUGUUACCAUGAUCGAGUGGAAAUUCUGCUACUUGGCACUCAAUAUCUUCUUUAUGCUAAUCGGCAUGAUUGCUGGCCAAGUACGGAGUCUGCGCAACUUCGCAUGGUUCGCCAACAUCAAUAUCUGGCUUAACAUCAUUGUUAUGAUCAUCACUCUGGUCGGCACUUACCGCUACCCGCCUGUUCCAUCGCAGUCCAACCACGCAGAUCUGAGCGCGCCCAAGAGCGUGUCAGGAUGGGUGCCGACCUACACCGAUGGUUGGUAUCAGCAGGUCUCUGGUGUUCAGCUUGCCGUCUUUGCCUAUGGUGGUGCCAUGAUCUUCCCAGAGUUCAUGGCUGAGAUGCGCCGCCCGCGCGACUUCUGGAAGUCGAUGCUGGUCGCGCAGUUCUUCUGCUUCUUCAUGUACAUGAUGUUCGGUCUGCUCGUGUACUGCAAGCAGGGCAUGUACGCAUCUAUUCUCCCAGGUCUGAAUUUUGCGAACCAGACCUUCAUUCUGGCGAACAACGUUAUCGGCCUGAUCUCCACCAUGGUGGCUGCUGUUCUUUACGGCAACAUCGGCGUUAAGGUGUUCUACGUUAACGUCCUCCAGGCUUACUUCAAAGCUCCCUCAAUGCUGGACCCGAGAGGACGCUUCUACUGGGCCGCCACAGUUAUUGGCUAUUGGGCAGUCGCUUGGGUUUUGGGCUCUGCCAUCCCGAACAUCACUGCGCUUGUCACUCUUGUGGGUGCUGCCUGUAUCUUGCAGUUCACCUACACCUUCCCGCCACUCUUACUCCUGGGAUACUGGGUGCAAGUUGAUGCCGCAAAAGGCGACAAUCCCUGGACACCAGACAUGGCUCCAAGAUCGAACCGCAUCGACUCUUGGAAGGACAAGUCGAGAUGGACCCGAGGUCUAUCGAAGUACUGGUAUGCAAAGCUGUUCUUGGCUUUGCUGUUCGUUGCUGCCUUGGCCAACUGCGCGCUCGGUAUCUACGCCGGUAUCGAGACAGCCAUUGGGGCCUACGGGGCCGGUUACCUUAUUCCGUUCUCAUGCUAUGCGCCAAACGACCCUCGGGUUAAUGGUGGUGCUUGAUUUGUCUGGCGAGCUGAACGAGCGAAUACGUCGAUGCCGAAUGAACUCGCUCACGGCGGAAUCACUACCGAGUCGAAGGACGUAGUCGACAUCUACAUAUUCUGUCUGUAAUCAGUGCAGUCACUUGCACAUACAUGGAACGUAUUUCGUGGCGCUGACAACCUCGGGAGAGUAAAGUGUUCCACAUGGAGGCUUGUAGAGUAGUCUGACUUGGGUCAUAUAUGAGGUGAAGUCAAGAGAUGCACUGGAGAAGGAAGAACAAACUCGACCAACGAGUAGUGGCUGCUUACGGUACUCUGUUCAUGGUCUAGGCACCAAUACGGCAUGGAAG